AUGGGAACCUUUAUCGGCCAUGUGUACCCGGGGCUGUUUCUAUUUUUGUACGGACUGUAUCAGGCAAUUGUGGUCUCCAAAGCUGCGAUAGUCAACGACUCUCUCCUGAAUCCUUCAUGUCCUCCAAGAAAUAAGGGAAGGUGGGCCAGGCUGUGGGAAAUAUCCUACCAAGGCUUGUUGAAAAUAGUGGCCGGCUCCAUCCUGAUAGCUUAUGAGAAUGGCUGCGUGAAAGGAGGGCUGGUGCUGAUGAACAGGGAGCUGCCACCGAGGUUUCUGUUCCCCAAAGAGUGGCAGCACCUCACCAUGUUCGUCCUCCUCGCCCUCAAUGGCUGUGUAGACGUCACGAGCAAGAACCUGCUGCCUCAGAGGUGUGUGCUCCUAGAAAAAGGCGGCCUGGUCCUGGUCUUCUACGUGCUCCUGAUGCUGUUGGUGUCGCACGUUCAAGAUUCCACAGGGGUGGAGCUGCAGGUUCAUUCCCUGCUCAUCUUGGUGGUGUUCCUGCUGAUGCUGGUGUUGACUGCCGAGCUGUGGGCUCCCAAUGCGCUUUACCUCUCCAUGACUGAGACCUUCCUGUUUCUGAUGAUGGGCUCCUGGCUGAUGCAGGCAGGCUUUAUUCUGUACAGACCCAUCAGCGGCUAUCCAUGGCAGGAUGAUGACAUCAGUGACAUCAUGUUUGUCACCACCUUCUUCUGCUGGCAUGUGAUGGUCAAUGCUCUGUGCCUGCUGGGAAUCUACGGCAUCUCUUCCUUUUGGCAUCAUUGUUACAGACCCAGGUCAAAGCUGAUGGGAUCCAAAGGAGCUCCAUAUUAUACACACACUGAAGGACCCACCUACCAGUUGCUGCCAGAAGUGGAGCCGGCAGAGAGAGAUGACCAGGCUCUUCUCCUCCCAGAGAGCUCACCCUGA